UAUGACAGAGUCGUGAUGCGGUCAUCCUCGUGUCGGUCCUCACCUCGGAGCUAUUCUCCCAAACCUCUCCGCUCCCGUCCCCUACCUCCAUCCCAAGCAAUCCAACCGUCUCAUUCCCAGGUAAAAAAUGAGAGAAGCCGAACCCUAAUUCUCCUUCUCAUGUCUAUAAUCUAUUAUAGAUCCAAAUCCCUCUUCCCUUCCAUGAAGAGUUUUGAAAGGUUAUCCACGUCCUUUUCUGGAAAGCCACAUGUGCAUUUUAAUAUUGAUCUCUGAGGUAGUGGAGGUUAGAUCUGGCAGCAGUUUCUGCAUUGCCUUUUUUUGGAAUUAUCAAGGGAAAAGCCUAAUAGAAAUUCAGCACAAUGGUCUCAGAAAGGGAUUUGUUUAAGGUUUCAGGGCCUCUACAUCUAACCUCUGUGAACUGGAACUGCCCACAUCACCAGAGAUCUAUUGCUGCUACUCUGGUUCAGGGUGCAUAUGUCCUAGAGCGUGACCGUCAGCAAAACCGCCAUGGUCCGGAAGCCUGUGCACCAGCCUGGUGGGAGAAUUUUCAUUUCGAACUUAUCCGUAAACUUGUUGAUGUUGAUGACUUUUCCAUCUUUGGUGCCAUCUAUGAAUUCAAAUCCCCUUCCUCCAUCCAAAACUCAUCAAACGGCAAUGCCCCAAAAUUUGUCAUUGCUUUCCGAGGUACCAUCACCAAGCAAGAAUCUCUUUCUCAGGAUCUUAAACUGGAUUUCCUCUUCUUAAAGAAUGGCCUUGAUCGGACUCCCCGCUUUGAAAUUGCGAUGCAAGCUGUUCGGAACCUGGUUUCAGCUGGAGGUCAGAAUGUAUGGUUAGCUGGUCAUUCUUUGGGGUCAGCAAUUGCAACACUUGCUGGAAAAAAUAUGGCUAAGACAGGUAUCAAUCUUAGAACCUUUCUCUUUAAUCCACCAUUCGUCUCUGCCCCACUUGAGAGGAUCAAAGAUAAGAAGGUGAAGCAGGGAAUCAGGAUUGCCAGCAGCUUUAUCACAGCUGGACUUGCAGUGGCUGUAAGAGGUCAUAAUAAUAGGUCUGAAGGUUCCUUUGCCAUGCUAGCAUCAUGGGUUCCAAAUCUUUUUGUUAACCCAGCGGAUCAUAUCUGCUCAGAAUAUAUUGGAUACUUUGAACACCGGAAAAAGAUGGAGGAGAUUGGAGCAGGACAUAUAGAGAAGCUGGCAACACAAAACUCUGUUAAAGAUCUUUUCUUGAGUGCACUUGGAAAGGAGUCUGAGCCAUUGCACCUUCUUCCAUCAGCAAGAUUGACAGUAAAUUUGAGCCCUUCAUCAGACUUCAAGCAGGCGCAUGGUAUCCAUCAGUGGUGGAGACCAGAUCUAAAUUUGCAAUGCAAGGAAUACAUUUACAACUGAAAUGAAGGACAACAAUUUUUACAGUUUAUAUGAAACACAGUAAUUUCUUGUUCUUUAGUGUAGGCAGUAGUAUGGCAACAUUAAAUGCGUGCAACUUCAUAGGUUAUCAAUAUAUUGUGAAGUUUCUGUUGUCAGAUAAGCUGUAUGUUUCAUCACUUUCAAAGCACACCAAUUAGUGGAGUUUGAUUAGAUGAUCAGGGCACAUACUUCGUGGCCCUUCUGAUGGCUUCUGCUGAUGAAGGGGGGAAAUUUCUAUGCAUUCAAGCAUGAGACCUUUUCAAGCAGUGGGGGGUCUGCAAUUAUGCAAAUCCGUAAACUCAGAACUUUACACAUGGAAGCGGAAAUCUAAUAUAUAUACAUAUAUAUUCUCGCUUUUAUCAUGACCUUGUUUAUAAUUUUUUUGUUAAUCUAACUUUUCAUGUUUUGCAAAUAAACUAGUUCCUUUAUUUCUCACCUUAUCUCUAUUACAAUGAGGUUUUGGGAAGUUGUUCCUUGAUUUUCU